AUGGUCGCUGUUCUAGCGCGGCGAUCCCUCCGGAAAGUCCAGUUGCCGCGGCCGGUGAUGGUCAUCGGCAAACAGCUCUACUCUAGCCUUCAUCAGCAACCCGCACACUUCAAGCACCGCCCAGCAGCCUGUCAACCAACUCGAGUCAACUCGUUCAACCGACGCUCCAUGGCUUCAGCCAGCUCCCAUGAGAAUUCAACUUCAACAGGCAUGGACUGGGACGAUCUCUCCGACGAGCGCAAAAUCCAGUGCCUACUGAGCUCUGGCUCGAGCGAAGAAAAAUGGGGCUGGGUCAUCUACCGAUGCAGCUACAAGCCGGAGCUCCAGAGUACCUGGGAAAGCUUCAAGCGUUUUGUCGAUGCGACGACACGCAAAGAAAUCGCUGCAUCAGACGCUCCCGAUAUCGCCGACAAGCUAGACUGGGUCUUUGUCGAGGACCCCGAGCUCGAGGGUGCCUCGUUGGAUCAACUGAAGCACAGGUUCAGGGCAUGGGCGCGCUCCGAGGUUCAAGGAGAGUACGAUAUAGAUUCUUCUCCUCAUAAUCGCGGUUCGAGGUACGCGUAUUUUAUCCAAGUGGACGAGGCCGCUCUGUUGAGCUUGGCUAGCGGUUUCUUGAAUGGGUAUGUGAAUAUUGUCCGGGGAUGGGUGGAUUCGCUGCCGCCUGAAGAGGCGACGGAUGAGUUUGGUGAUGCUAUCGACAUUGAGGACUGGAUGAGGAUCAAGUCAAGCAUGGUUGCGCCUUAUUUUUAUAUCGAUCUGGAUAACCCGGAAGAUUGGUAUGUGCAUUAUUCUCCACCGCCAGAUGGCUUGUGUAUAUGGUAG